AUAGACAUAAAUACAUAUACAUAUAUACGCAUUCGCAUGCAUACUUACUUCAGAGAUAGUUCUGGAAUUUGUAGUAGUUUUUAAUUAAGAUUUUAAAAGAGCAAUUGAAGGCCUAAAACAAAGCAGUCAGUAUGUCGGACUGGGACACAGUUACAGUGUUGAGAAAGAAGGCACCCAAAUCAUCGGCGCUUAAGACUGAAUCGGCUGUCAAUCAAGCCCGGCGUCAAGGAGUAGCAGUGGACACUCAACAGAAAUAUGGUGCUGGCACCAACAAGCAGCAUGUGACCACCAAGAACACUGCCAAGCUGGAUCGUGAGACUGAAGAAUUGCGCCAUGAUAAAAUUCCACUCGAUGUGGGCAAACUAAUCCAACAAGGACGUCAAGGCAAGGGGCUCAGUCAAAAGGAUUUGGCCACUAAAAUCUGUGAGAAACAGCAAGUGGUAACGGAUUAUGAAGCUGGACGUGGAAUUCCCAAUAAUUUGAUAUUGGGUAAAAUGGAGCGUGUGCUUGGUAUAAAAUUACGUGGCAAGGAACGCGGCCAACCAAUAGCGCCUCCCGGUAAAAAGUGAGAUGAUGCCGCAGCGUCGUCUACAACAACUGCUUCACAAUUACUCGUAGCACCAGCAACAACAACAGCAACAUCCACUGCAAAUAUGUCAACAACAACAACAACAAGAAAUGCCAAACACCAACAUCACCACCAGCAACAACAACAGCAGCAGCAGCAUUAUCAGCAGAGUCAACAACAUCAGCAACAUCAGAUACAGCAACAACAACAACAACAACAAAAACACCAGAAUCUGCAAGCAGAGGCAGGAGGAUGGAGUACUGUAAGCAGCAGACGCAAA